UGUGUGACGGAGACGAUACACAUCAGGAAUAGCAGUUGUUAAGAACCCACGAACUUCUGAGGCACUACAACACGCAAGAUGGCGUAUGCCAGUGACAAACUGUACAAUGGAUACCUGCGGGGGAAAGCGUCAGACAUUGUAUUCAAGGUGAAAGUGAAGGACGUAAUGGUCUACCUGCCUUGCCUCACCACUCACGACAGGGAAAAUAUAGACGCAAAAUUUGAGACACGUGGGAACACUGAGGCCAUGAUGCUUCUCCUGGACUGUAUGAGGAGAAGGGAGAAUUGGCCCGAGCAGUUUAUUACAGCUCUGGAGGCGUGUGAACACCCAACUAUUGCAGCUGAGAUUAAAGCAAAAUAUGACACUCUGAGAGGAGUUAACAAUCCCAGCCCCAGCUCCCCUUCCACCACUGCCACAAGAGCACACGCCCAUCCAGCACCACCGGCCGGUCAUCUGUCCAGUCCAGAGAGCGCUGGUGCUGCUGUUGCUCCACCAGCUAAAGCACCAGCUCCUCCGGAGCCAGCUCCUCAGACCUCACCUCCUCUGGAAGUCCCCAUGCUUCCACAGAGCCCAUCAGGGCAGCAGCCCAACAUACCCAAGGCUGUUUCUCCACCCAAGCCUGUCCCUGAGCCUCCACAGCCGAGUCAAACUGAAGUGGCAGCCGUUCCAUCAACACCUCCUCCGUCCCCAGAGACCCCACUCACUCCAGCUGACAGUGCACACAAAGGGGAGGAGGUCAUUGCUCACCAGGAGCCAGAGGAAAACUCUGAGUCAUACUUCAUGGAUGUCCCUGUGGAGGUAAACCUGAUGCCAGAGGUGACGCCUCCUGGUGUUGGACUGGUUGAAACAGACUCUCCAUUGCAACCUGAUCCUCUUAAAACAGCAGCGACCACAGAGAUCAGACAGCCUGAGAGUCCACCUCAGGUAAACUCAGACGUAACUGAUGGAUCCUCUUUCCGCAUACUGACCCCAGAGAAGCCUCCGGUACAGGACACCAUGCCUCCUGUGGGCAAAGUACCCGCUGCAGUCCUGGAGCCUGAAGAGACAUCUGAGCCUUCUACUAUACAGGAGACAGAAACGGCAGCCCCAGCUUCUCCUCACCCUGAUGAUGACGGAAUGGACGCCUCCAUCACAGAUGACAACUCUUUGUGUCUGAGCAAGCCUGAUGUUCUGAUCAGCGUCCCACCACCACCCAGUCACAACGGUCCCACUCUCCCUGCAUACAACCCACCAGUGGGGCCCUACUCGGGUGACAGCGCGCGCCUGGAAAUAAGCUAUCCUGCGUCAGAGUCAGUUGGCUCAUCCUCUAUUCCUGCAUGCUCUACUGACACCUCCACCACCAAGGACACAGACUCUGGACUGCCAUGCCAGGAGAACAGUGUUGCAUCUAACCCACAGGAACCAGCGGAGAACCACCUGGAGUCUACCUGUCAGAGUUUGGAAAUGAUGGAUGUGCAGGAGCAUGUGGGGCACUUAUCUGAGGAUGUGUCCAUCCUGGAUGGAGACAGUCCAAAUUCAGUCAUCAACAGUGAAGCAGACAGAACAAUCACUCCUUCCCCAAUUUCCUCCUUCACCACCAGCGCUGCUGGUACUGAGUCAAAAUUAAACGCCCACCCUUCACCUGAGCCUGCACCGCCUGUGAAUAAACCGAAGCCACAAACACUGCCACCUGCAGGGAAAGAGAGGCACGCCUGCCGAUCAAAUAUAAAGUACACUGUGGCUGCUGCAGGAGUGGCUGCCUUGGCUCUGGUGAUGGCGUGGAAGUUUAGGAAGGGGAUUCUUUUAAGAAGAUGAGAAGAUGAAGAUGUUAAAGUUUUUAAAAAGGGGUUUGGUGCCUUAUUAUACUCAUUGGAUGCUGAUGGUAUGAGGCAGCUGUUUAAUGAUUAGUCAGAAUAUUAGCUGCUGGACCUUUGAUAAUAUCAUUAUUUUCAAGUCAGUUGUUUGGUUGGACUGUGUUUUAUGAUUUUAAUAUUGAAUGGUGGUGGAGCCACUGUGUGGUUAUGAUCGAAAUAUUUGUGUGUGUGAUAAGCAGCACUUUGACGAUAA